AUGCCAGCUGCCGGCCGAACGAUCCAAAACGAGCCUCGGAACUUGAGUCACAGCUGCUCCAUCUGUCCUGUUUACUUUGUUAGCGCCCAAGUGAUAAGCUUCUCUCCUCGUCCAGUCUCUGACUGGGUGGUCUCCCGUUCUCAAGGAUAUGAAGGUGGCAACGUAUCAGAAUGUCGCAACGAUGAGUUCAGUGAUUGGCCCCAAUCAUUGCUUGCAGUUGGGACAUUUGGAAACAAGCAGCUCGAGGAAGAAGUAGCAGAGAGUUCUUCCGCGAAUGUUCAGACCAUUCAAGAUCCCGCCAAGUUUACAGAGGAGGAAGUAGACAAUAUACGAAGAGAAUUCGAGGUGCUGCUGCUGCAAGGCAAUGGUCAAGCAGAAGCUCAGGGCUCCUGUGAAGAUGAACAGGUAGCUUCGAAACAACAUGACGGCGAAGAUAACAACGAGAAGCAGCGCAGGGAGCAGUUGAUGAACAGGGAGAUGAUCAUAAGCAAAGCGAGAGAAAUAGUAGGGAAGAAAAAGAGUGCUAAGCUCAAGCCAAGAUUGAUGGCUUCGCUCCUUAGAUUACUCGCGUGCAAGGGCGGGUUUACCACCCCGGUUCUGGAGCCAAGGAACUCCUUUCCCCAAACAAGAAUGGAGAAGGUACAGCCAGUUUCUUCUUUAAAUUUGCAGUAUCUUACCAGUCACUGCGCCUUCUUAAUUUGCAUCUCGUUCACUUACUAUGUGAUUGGCUCCACACUUGAAUCUAUCAAUAUGCGCUCCAGGGCUUCAAGUUCAUUGUCUUGA